CGAAGCCGGCGUGAACAUGCACAAAGCUCAGUACAUCAAUGCCACCUUUCUGAACCGAAGAUGUUCUGCUGGCUGCUGCCUCUGCUGGUGUGUCUGAGUCCUGCAGCUUUGCUGUCUGACGGCACUGCUGAAUGUGAAGACUACAAAAAUGGCAGACCAUACCAAGAGCUUAGCAAUGGUCUGCCUUGUUCUUGGACUUGUCUCACGUUCGGGCUGCAGUGGCCUGGAGGCUUCUGUCAGUCUCUAGACAACAUUUCUCUGUGCAGUAUUCCUCCCCGUGUCAACAAGUGGUUGAUUCACGGCCUGUGGCCCAUGAAGGUGAUGAGAUGCUGCAGCUGCUGGCCCAUCUUCUUGUCCGAUGUUCAGGAGGUGCAGGAGCUUCUGGAAGAAGAGUGGCCAUCUUUAGUCAAAAGCAAAUCCAACUUCCAAUUCUGGAAGGACGAGUGGAAGAAGCAUGGAGUGUGUGCGGCGUGUGUGGAGGGAUUCAACUCUCCGCUCCAAUACUUCCAGAAGUGCCUGAAACUGCGGCAACACUUCAACCUGCAAAAAGCAUUGGAGGAUGGUGGGAUCAAGCCAUCCUGUGAACGACCCUAUAAGCUGUCUGAGGUGUUGAACGUUCUAGUUCCACUAAUCGGUGACAAGUGUGAGAUCCAGUGUAUCACAGACGACCAGGAACGAGAAGUGUGGUUUCAGGUCAAGAUUCGUCUGUCUCGCAACAUGACUGUGGGCUGUGAUCACCAUGACGACAACCCAAGGACCACAGCCAUUUACAAAGGACACCCUUGCCCGACAGAAGGCUCCUUCUACUACUUCCCCAUCGACCAUCAGCGGCCGCUGCAACCCUGCGACUGACACCACAGCGCCAGAAGCUGCUUCCACACCGCCGCAACCUUAUACUUAUACAAAUAACGCCUGUCCUUUUGGUCCCUUUUACAAGCUGAGUAAAAAAAAAAAAAAAAACACAAUGUGUGUUGGCCUGUUGACAGUUUAUUGAAAUCAUGGUA